CUUGGCCCAAGCCCUUGGGAACAUAAUGUGGGCGUGGACAAAAAGUAAAAAAUACUAGCUGUUCACUAUAAUACUAGCUAGCUCUCUCUUAACUUGUCUAGCUUCUCUGAAGAUGGCGGCUUGGACACUCGGUAAUGGCGGAAUAAUGACUUUUACUCCAACUUGGGAGCAGUUCCAAGACUUCCAAGGUUUUAUCUCCUAUAUGGAGGAACAAGGAGCUCAUCAUUGUGGUGUAGCCAAGAUAGUGCCCCCCAGAGAAUGGACCCCUCGAUCAAACUAUGACAACGUUGGAGACUUGGUUAUUCAGAGUCCUAUAUCACAGACAGUCAUGGGUCAGCAAGGUGUGUAUCAGGUGUACAACAUUCAGCGGAAACCUAUCACUGUAAGAGAGUACAAGAUAUUGGCCAACAGUGACAAAUAUUGCCCCCCCAAAGCCAAAGAUCACGAGGAACUAGAACGCAAGUUCUGGAAGAAUGUCACGUUCAAUGCGCCCUUAUAUGGUGCUGACCUAGCUGGUAGUCUAAUGGACCCAGUACUGGAAGAAUGGAAUAUUGACCAUCUCCCUUCUAUACUCAACCGUCUAUCUGAACAAGGUGUCAACAUCCCAGGAGUCAACUCAGCAUAUCUUUACUUUGGUAUGUGGAAGACAUUGUUUGCCUGGCACACAGAAGACAUGGAUCUAUACAGCAUCAACUAUCUUCACUAUGGUGCUCCUAAAGCAUGGUACGCCAUUCCACCAGUGCAUGGUCAGAGAUUGGAGAGACUGGCGAGGGGACUCUUCCCAGACUGUUUUGAUGGUUGCUCUUCUUUCCUGAGACAUAAGAUGUCUGUCAUUUCUCCAUCGACUCUGAAGCACCACUCUAUACCAUUCAACAAGGUAGUACAAGAGAGUGGAGAGAUCAUCAUCACCUUCCCAUAUGGAUAUCAUGCUGGAUUCAAUCACGGUUUCAACUGUGCUGAGUCAACCAACUUUGGAAGCCUUAGAUGGGUAGAGCUAGGACGCAAUGCAUCACGUUGCUUGUGUCAAGAAGACAAUGUGAGAAUAGACAUGGAUCUCUUUGAUGCUCUGGUUCCAGUGGACAGGAAGAGGCCUAACUCACCACUACCAGAGGAAGAAGGAGACACUGCCAAUAAGAGAAGUAGACUACAAGAGGACUGGACUGUCAAGUUGAAGGGCCUAUGGCAAACUGAGCCACGGGAUUUUGCUGUUGAGAAAGCCUUCAACGAGGUCAUAUCUCAAGAAGGCAGCAUGUGUUGUGUGUGCUCCAUGUUUGAAGCCCCUACUCCUUAUAACAGAUGGACAAGGGAAGAGCUUGAAGCUAAGACCUCUUGUCUGAGAUCCCAGGCAGCCACUAAGCCACUCAAAGUGGUGGUACAACGUGCACUCGUGUGUUUACCUCCCUCUGUUAGCAGCUCUGAAGACAAGGUCCUAGUAUGUCAUCAAUGCUCUAUAUCUGUACACAAGUCUUGUUAUGGAGUUAGUGGUGUGGUGGCUGGGGAUUGGUUGUGUGCACGCUGCUGUGUAGGUGCCUCUGAUGCAGAAUGCUCUCUGUGUUUACUGCGUGGAGGAGCCCUCAAAGCCACUGAUGGAGGACAAUGGGCACAUCUUGUGUGUGCAGUGUCUAUACCUGAAGUAUCUCUUGCUGAUCCUGCCAAGAGGGAGCCUGUUCUUACAGACAAUAUCACCAGAGCUAGAAGAAAGCUUCGGUGUAGUCUAUGUCCUAGUGUGGCAGGCAACACCACCUCACGUGGUCACGGUAUCUGUGUUCAAUGCAUACAGUCCAAGUGUUGCUCUCCCAUGCAUGUGAGCUGUGCAUUGUAUAAAGGCCUCAUCAUAGAGAGACGUGGUUCUGCAUCAGGAUUCCUGUGUUCUAGACACUCUAGACAGUGUGGCACUACACAGACUCUGUGUCCUGGGGAAGAAGUGUACGUACUUCAAGACAAGAGGUAUGUAACAGGUCAUGUCAAGAGUGUGGAACCUGUUGCUACUUAUCGUGUUGAGUUUGAUGAUGGCAGUCUGUGUUCUGAUAUCACACUUGCUGAUAUUGUGGAGGGUCCGUCUGCUCUGAGCCCAGGGAGUAAGGUGCUCAUACGUUGGUCCGAUGAAAAGCUGUACAAUGCAACUCUCUUAUCAGAAAUUGCCAGCUCACUGUAUGAGGUAUCUUGUGUGGCUGGUGGUUGUGUAAGUGUAUCUACUGAUAUCUACUCCACUAAACAAAAACUGCCUCGCAAAGUUCUCAAGGAAAUGUCUGCUGCCAAACUGUAAACAUUCUCUUUAUUUUAGUGUCUCUUCGUAUUUUUAUCACAUCAUCCAUCGAUCCUUCCCACAGUGAUUUGUAUUAUUUUUGCUUAUUGAUUACUAUGUAGCCCGCCCACUCUUGGCCACUACUGGGUACGGAUGGGGCUGUACUCUGGCUCCCACCGUGUGCAAUAAUUACAAGGAAUAAUUGUAGUCUCACCGAUAUAAAUAGCACCAGAGUAUUGCACCAUGUAGUAUCCAAUGUACAGGCCUCGAGGCACAACCGCCUACAUAGCGUGAAAUUCUCGAGGCACUUAUUAUUUUGUGGCAAUCAAAGCUAUGCAUAGCCUCGAUCCCAGGCCGCACUUCACUCAUGGCGCUCUACAUGGUGCGCAUGUCAUGAUAGAGCACAUGUCAUUCGAGACAUUAAGUAUGUCAUGUGAGACAAAGAGAGAUAUGGUUAGACGAGGUGUACCCUGCCGGCUGUCACCUUUGAUAACUACUCAACGCUGCACAGCACAGGAUUCAGCAUUCAAUCACUCUCAUAAUUUUAUUGUCAUUUCAUCUUUUAUGGGGGACGCCCCACUCUUAAUUUUUAUCACUGAAUGGCUGCUGACGUACUAAGAGCACUACAAGAUACGACAGGAAAGGGUCAGUAUAAUAAUGAUGUAAGUGAUGUAGUGUACUAUCUUCUGGUAUUCAGCCCCUUUAAUGAGCACAGGAUUAUAUAGAUCUCCAAGCCAUUAGUUACAUCACUAUAAUUAUGCAAUUAUCUGCUGUAUUUCAUAUUGUAAUGAUUCAUUGGGUACUGACUUUAUAUGGAUGUAUGGAUGGUGCUAUGAUUCUUAGCCUUCCAGGCCGCAACAUAGAAUGCUGGCUUUCUGAUCGAGGAGGAGAUGAUCUGUUAUUGGCCGGGGAUGGAGUGGAUCUACCUCUGAGAGACAAAGUCAUGUAUGAAUAUUCUGUUGCUUGUACAUUUUGUAGCAUUAUCAGUAAUUGACUCUAGAGUAGCAUCUUGAGCUCCCCUGCAGGCAGUGUAUGUGAUUUUCUGACAGGAAAGGCUACUCUAAACAGAGGGAGUCGGCCACACAAGGUAUAGUCUAAUAAUUAUUGUACAGUACUUAGAUGAUCUUCUCUGUUUUGGGUCAGAUGCAAUUGCUUAAGAAAUUGAUUGUGUACCAGCAUUAGGUAGUUAACUCCACUUAUGCAUUGACCUCUACGUGUAGCGGGAAAGUUCGUUAUUUGAGCCCUCGAGAAAUGUUGUAUAGUUGUUCACAUUUCAAUGCCAGGAAACCAUAGCUUUGCAUGGUGCGUGUGAGUGUCUUCCAUUUAUAUUACAUGAAGUGUGAAGUGUGUUGUAAGUUUGUACAGAGAGGACUCCCAUGGUGGCAAUGAUCUGAUGAUGGCUCCACUGCUCUGAUGGACCAAUGCAGGAGAAGUUAUUCUGUAUAAUUAUUACAUUAAAUUAAUGUAUGCCACUGUUUGGAUCGGUUUCUGUUCUGCUCAGCUUCUUCCUCCAACUUGCUUACGCAGGCUAAGCUUAUUCUUAAUUAGUUCAUUCUUAGUUCAUUCUAUAGUCUAGUAUUAUUGUCGGUUUGGUUGUUUUAUGUUUUUCACCUGGUCAUACGGAAUCACUUCAUUAAUUUUUAUACAGUGCAGACCACACCUCUAUCCACACAUUGUACCUGCACAUCCUGUAUAUAUGGGGCCACACCCCCACUCACUGUACUGAUAUGUGGUCACACCCCCAUACAUGGUAACCCUCUUGACCACACCCCAAUCCUAUGCUGUGUUUUUGUGUACAGUACACACAUCAUCCGUGUCUUUAUCCCCACACCUAGUCGGAGGGAGCAGCAAGUUCUACUAAGAGCCAGCAUCACCAACUAACCAACACACUACAAGACCUACCUACUACCAGCUAGGACAGCACACCACCCGGGACAGACAGACUCUACUAUACCAUGUAAUAUGCCUUUGUAUUACGAUCAUGAUACAAUUUGCUGCCCUCCCUCGCCCAUGGAUUGAAUAAUUAUGGACACUCGCAGGACAACUAAGAGACUGACACACAAUAAUAGACUGUUGCUUGUACAUUUCGUAACAUUAUCAGUAAUUGACUGUAGAGGAGCAUCUUAAUUUAGCUCCCCUUUCUUCAUCACUCAAUCUGCAGGCAGUGUAUGUAAUUUUCUGACAGGAAAGGCUACUCUAAACAGAGGGAGUCGGCCACACAAGAGAGGACUCCCAUGGUGGCAAUGAUCUGAUGAUGGCUCCACUGCUCUGAUGGACCAAUGCAGGAGAAGUUAUUCUGUAUAAUUAUUACACUAAAUUAAUGUAUGCCACUGUUUGGAUCGGUUUCUGUUCUGCUCAGCUUCUUCCUCCAACUUGCUUACGCAGGCUAAGCUUAUUCUUAAUUAGUUCAUUCUUAGUUCAUUCUAUAGUCUAGUAUAUUGUCGGUUUGGUUGUUUUAUGUUUUUCACCUGGUCAUACGGAAUCACUUCAUUAAUUUUUAUACAGUGCAGACCACACCUCUAUCCACACAUUGUAUCUGCACAUCCUGUAUAUAUGGGGCCACACCCCCACUCACUGUACUGAUAUGUGGUCACACCCCCAUACAUGGUAACCCUCUUGACCACACCCCCAACCCAUGCAUUGUGUCGUACAUGCUGUGUUUUUGUGUACAGUACACACAUCAUCCGUGUCUUUAUCCCCACACCUAGUCGGAGGGAGCAGCAAGUUCUACUAAGAGCCAGCAUCACCAACUAACCAACACUACAAAACCUACCUACUACCAGCUAGGACAGCACACCACCCGGGACAGACUCUACUAUACCAUGUAAUACGCCUUUGUAUUAACGAUCAUGAUACAAUUUGCUGCCCUCCCUCGCCCAUGGAUUGAAUAAUUAUGGACACUCGCAGGAGACUGACACACAAUAAUAGACACCAAAGGGCCAGUUACUGUAUCAUGUACGAAUAUUCUGUUGCUUGUACAUUUCGUAACAUUAUCAGUAAUUGACUGUAGAGUAGCUCCCCUUUCUUCAUCACUCAAUGCAGGCAGUGUAUGUGAUUUUCUGACAGGAAAGGCUACUCUAAACAGGGAGUCGGCCACACAAGGUAUAGUCUAAUAAUUAUUGUACGGUACUUAGAUGAUCUUCUCUGUUUUGGGUCAGAUGCAAUUGCCUUCAAUCACUAGCCAGUUUAAAACAUUUCUUCUACUCUUGGCUUAAGAAAUUGUAUUUUAUUAUUGUACCAGCAUUAGGUAGUUAACUCCACUUAUGCAUUGACCUCUACUACUGUGUAGCGGGAAAGUUCAUUAUUUGAGCCCUCGAGAAAUGUUGUAUAGUUGUUCUCAUUUCAAUGCCAGGAAACCAUAGCUUUGCAUGGUGCGUGGGAGUGUCUUCCAUUUAUAUUACAUGAAGUGUGAAGUGUGUUGUAAGUUUAUACAGAGAGGACUCCCAUGGUGGCAAUGAUCUGAUGAUGGCUCCACUGCUCUGAUGGACCAAUGCAGGAGAAGUUAUUCUGUAUAAUUAUUACACUAAAUUAAUGUAUGCCACUGUUUGGAUCGGUUUCUGUUCUGCUCAGCUUCUUCCUCCAACUUGCUUACGCAGGCUAAGCUUAUUCUUAAUUAGUUCAUUCUUAGUUCAUUCUAUAGUCUAGUAUUAUUGUCGGUUUGGUUGUUUUAUGUUUUUCACCUGGUCAUACGGAAUCACUUCAUUAAUUUUUAUACAGUGCAGACCACACCUCUAUCCACACAUUGUACCUGCACAUCCUGUAUAUAUGGGGCCACACCCCCACUCACUGUACUGAUAUGUGGUCACACCCCCAUACAUGGUAACCCUCUUGACCACACCCCAAUCCUAUGCUGUGUUUUUGUGUACAGUACACACAUCAUCCGUGUCUUUAUCCCCACACCUAGUCGGAGGGAGCAGCAAGUUCUACUAAGAGCCAGCAUCACCCACUAACCAACACUCUACAAGACCUACCUACUACCAGCUAGGACAGCACACCACCCGGGACAGACUCUACUAUACCCAUGUAAUACGCCUUUGUAUUACGAUCAUGAUACAAUUUGCUGCCCUCCCUCGCCAAUGGAUUGAAUAAUUAUGGACACUCGCAGGACAACUAAGAGACUGACACACAAUAAUAGACACCAAAGGCAGUGUAUGUGAUUUUCUGACAGGAAAGGCUACUCUAAACAAAGGGAGUCGGCCACACAAGUCGGAGGGAGCAGCAAGUUCUACUAAGAGCCAGCAUCACCAACUAACCAACACUACAAGACCUACCUACUACCAGCUAGGACAGCACACCACCCGGGACAGACUCUACUAUACCAUGUAAUACGCCUUUUUAUUACGAUCAUGAUACCAUUUGCUGCCCUCCCUUGCCCAUGGAUUGAAUAAUUAUGGACACUCGCAGGACAACUAAGAGACUGACACACAAUAAUAGACACCUAACUGCAUUUUUGCCAUUAAUAUAAUAAAAAUAAUUUUGCCAUUAAUUAAUCAUUAA